CUAUAUCACAAUAUAGAUCACAUCUAUAUCACAUCUACAUCACAACCAUAUCACAUCCACAUCACAUUCACAUCUCCAGAUACGCACUAUCCCGAGUAAAAAUGGCCACUUCCGGUUCGAUCCUGGUCGCCAUCUUCCUGCUGAGCGCCACCCUCAUUUCCGGCCAGCAGAUCAAAGAGACCGCGCCCACAGCGCGAUUACUGGAUCGCUUCGAUAACCGAUACCCCGACGGAAGCUACGAGUAUCGCUUCGAAUUGGACGACGGUACAGCUCGCUAUGAACGCGGCUAUUUCGCGAAGAUCAACGAUGUGAAGACCCUAAUGGUCGUGGGCUACUACGCCUAUCGGAUGACCGACGGGCGUUACAUCACCGUGUUCUACAAUGCCGAUCAAUUUGGCUAUCGGCAGAAUCAGUCGAUCACGCCGCAGGAAUAUCCCAAUCUGCCGCGCUCCAUCGAGGUGCCCAUGGUCAGCGAGGCAUCUGCGGCAUCGGCGGCAUCCUCGACAUCCGAUGGCAUCUCCAGUUCCCAAGCCAGGCUGGAGGCCCAUGGUAACCCCGCCAUGACGACGACCACGCCCCGGGGGGCGGGCACAAAUCGCAGGGGCCGCUACUGAGAGUCCGUAAUUGCCCACCAUGCCCACCAUUAUUAUUAUUAUGGCUCCUUGCAUCGUUUUCCUUUACAUAUAUGUUUACUUCUUGUCUUUCCUUUUUUUUUUUUUUUUG